AUGGCUGAGCAAGGAAGUAGUGGCUUGCAGGUUCUUCUCUCUACUUUUCAGAGUUCCCACGACAAAGACGUGAUUCUGAAUACCCUGAGUAUUCUCACAAAUCUUCUUUCUGUUGGGACAAACAGGAGAGUCCAGUACACCAUUAGCAAAGGGGGCAGCGAAGCCCUUUUGCAGGCCUUGGUGAAUGCAGCGCAGACUUCAAUACCGGACUACGACAUCUUGUUACCUCUCUUGCGCUUGCUGGUCAGAAUUGGCUGUAAAGAUAAGAAGUUUGGAUUAAAAGCACAACGUCUGGAGGCAAUUGAUGUAACCCUCAGCUUGGCACGAAAAAAUCUUAACCACCAUGAGAAUCUCACCCACUGUCUCUGGGCUCUGCAGAUUUAUGCUUCCAACGUUGCAGUCGGAACUAUGUUGGGCAUUAAUGGAGCGAUGGAAUUGCUCUUCCAAGUUAUCACACCAUAUACCAAGAAGCACACCAUCACAACAAGGGCAGCAGUUGAAGCUCUGGCAGCUUUGUUGAAAUCAAAGUCCAAUAGUCGCCGAGCUGUGCAAAGAGGCUACGUUUGUCAGUUGCUCUGCUUAUAUCAAGAUUGGCAUCAUCGAGACACUUCAAAUAACUACAUUCUAAUCCGGAGGGGUCUUUUGCUUUGUCUCAAGCAUAUCACCAAUGUCCGCUCCGGGAGAGAAAAUUUCCUUCUUGUUCAUGGCAUGGAGAUCCUUUUCAGAACAUCUCAGGACAGUCUGUUUAGCAAGACUCUGGACCCUAUCGUCAAUACAGUGACUCAGAUCCUCAGGAAAACCUAUCCAAAGAUGCCCUUUCCUUCAGCUGCAAUUAGCAGUUCCUAUUCUUUUCCCAUUCCUGGGAAAACAGAACUUUCACUCCCCAGACCUGAAGAUUAUUUUGAUGAAGACGCUGAGGAAGAGAUUGAGAAAGACUGUGAUAAUGAAGAUGCUGAAAAUAAAGAGGAAGAUGAUGAUCUAGAGAAGGAUAUUAACAAGCUCCUGUCAAAGCCAGAGCUGGACCGACCGGAAUCGGAGCUGAAUCAGUAUAUGGUCAUGUGUCCUGAACUUCAAUAUAACUUUCAGUUGAAGGAAAAAGAAAUAGAGCUUAAAGAUGAGCUGAAUUCUGUGGACAUCCCUGGGACCCUGACCAGUUCCUGCCUCCAUGUCAUUCCAUGUGCUAUUUCCCUGAAGUGCCAGCUCCAAUGUAGAGAAGGGGACCAAAGUAUCGAAGAAGAAGAAGAAAAGCAGAUCCAGAGGACUUUAGAGAGGCCAGUACACAGAGAGGGAAAAAAACAGAAACCUCAAGAACCUGGAAAAAGAACUUUUGGUGAAUCAGAACCUUUGGUGACUACUUUCAGAAAAGGCACAGUCUCCAGUAAGGGUCAUACAGCCCAAGAGGGAUUGCAGAACAGGCAGACAUCCCAGUUCCAACAUAUGAAUUCCUGUGGACCUGGCUGCCAGGAGAGAAUAGAAGCUUCUGAAAUGGUCACAAAACUUUUGGAGAAGCACCCUGGGAAUAUCCCUUUCCACAAACCUAGGUACUUUAUGGCAAGGGCUAACUGCACCCAGUCCAUUCCAGACUACAGAGUACUAGCAUUCCCAGAUCUCUGGGGUCAUCAACCCCCUACUUACAGCCAGCCUUUACAGCAAAGGAGAUGUGGCAUCCAAAAGGCCAAAAUAUUUGAAGACAUCCGCCGUGUGGUCCAGCCAGCAGAUAUAAUCAAGCGAGUUGUCUUUAAUUUAGACAGCUCUGGGUCUUUACAGUCAGAUCAACAAAACUGCUUAAAAUUCUUUUCCAAAUUUGAAUCUGGGAAUCUCCGCAAAGCCAUCCAAGUGCGGGAGUAUGAAUAUGAUUUGAUCCUCAACCCUGACAUCAACAACUCCCAAUAUAAUCAGUGGUUCUACUUUGAGGUCAGUGCCAUGAAGUCUGCCAUUCCAUACUGCUUCAAUGUUAUCAACUGUGACAAGCCAAACAGCCAGUUUAAUUAUGGUAUGCAACCAGUCAUGUAUUCAGUGAAGGAGGCUCUGCUGGGCAGACCUCACUGGAUUCGGGUGGGCUAUGAUAUCAGUUAUUACAAAAACCACUACCGGAACUGUGUCCCAGCAGUGACAGGAGGUCCUCUUGGGAAGUCAUGCUAUACUCUCACCUUCAGCCUUGUUUUCCCUCACCAGGAAGAUGUUUGCUACUUGGCCUACCAUUACCCAUACACCUACUCUACCAUGAUGUCUCACCUUGACAUCUUGGAGCAAGCCAGGAGUACAAAGAAAGUCUUCUUCAGGAGGCAGACCCUUUGCCACACUCUAGCAGGAAACGCGUGCCCUCUGCUUACCAUCACUGCCAUGCCUGAAUCGGAAAGCAGGGAGGACCUGGAGCAGUUCCGUGAGCGUCCUUAUGUUGUACUCACGGCACGGGUUCAUCCUGGCGAGAGCAAUUCCAGCUGGGUUAUGAAGGGGACUCUGGAGUUCCUCCUCAGCAACGAUCCACUUGCUAAUCUCCUGCGGCAAUGCUUCAUCUUUAAAAUUAUCCCCAUGCUGAAUCCAGAUGGAGUCAUCAAUGGCCACUUCAUUCGAAAAGGAAAUAAAACUAAUGUUAUUGCUGUUCUCCUAGGAGUCCGUGAGAAUCUCCUGGGUACAAAAUUGACAGAGUGA